CUAUCUCUUUCUCUAUUUCCCGAAACCCUCAAAACAAACGUAAACGUCUCUUUUACUACUCCUAAACGGUUACAGAUCUUACUCCACUCCACAACCACUUCUCACACAAACCCUUCUUUUUCCCAUUUCCAAUUCUCUCCUUUCGUGCUCGUGUGCACCUUCAAAAGAAGAAGAAAAUGGCCGAUUGGGGUCCGGUGGUAAUCGCGGUGGUGCUGUUCGUGAUUCUGUGUCCGGGUCUGCUGUUUCAAAUACCAGGAAGAGGAAAAAUAAUCGAGUUUGGGAACAUGCAAACAAGCGGUGCUUCCAUUCUUGUUCACGCUAUUAUUUACUUUGGACUCAUCACUAUCUUACUCGUUGUCAUUGGCGUUCAUAUCGUCACUGGGUAAAGGGGAUCGUGAUGCAUUUUUUUUAUGAAUAUCUUUAUCUCUUUUUUAGGUUUUAUUUUCCUAUUAUUUCUGAACUCUUGGUAUGUAUGUGAUUUAGAUGACAGAUCUGAUCUAUAAUACUCUUAUUUAUGUACUUGAUAGUUUGUUGAUACUUUAUGUUACUUCUCCAUCCUUAAAAAGAAACAAAGGGAUAAAGGAUGAUUCUGUUUUA